AUGACAGCGAAGGUAGAUAGAUCAUUGAAUCCUGUCGCGCUCCACUGGGGAUAUUUGCGCGUCGAACUGACAUUCAAGCCAGGCCUCAUUCCCGUCGAGACACACCAGAACGCUAUCCUAAGCCCAGUGAGCCCAAUGCACACCGCGGAAGGCACCAGUACCUACUCCUCGCCCCCUUCGCAAAUCGCAAAUGAGCCACCUGUGCCCCCAUAUGAGCGUAAUCGGCCGGAGGAAGCCCCAAUACCUGUCGAUCCUAACCCAGUGUCAGAAAAGGCAUACCCAGGACAACCGUCUCCCAAUCAGCAAAUAGGAUUUGCACCACAACAGCCCAUCCAUCAUCCCGCGGAUGUGAAGGCUUACCCAGGACAACCGGUAUCGAAUCAGUUACAGCCGCAACCAUACUAUACACCUCAAGUGCAGCCCACAAGCUAUGCAAAUGCAUUGCCGUUACAUGCACUGCAGUCGUCUCCAGCUCCGGUUGACUGUUUAGCCUGUAGACAACGAGAAGUGACUAGAGUAGAAUCUGUAUCUGGAUCAACAACCCAUGCCUUGGCCGCUGUGCUUUGCUUCUGUUGCUGUCUUGGAUGCAUACCAUAUUUGAUUUCGAGCUUCAAGGAUGUUAACCACUUUUGCGGAAAAUGCGGCGCCAAGUUAGCAUGCUGGCAUAACAGCGGUAAAAUUGAGGUCCUGCAACAUGCACAAACCCAAACCCAAGCCCAAGCCCAAACACAAACACCUGCCCCUGCCGAGUAA